CCUGGACUCCGACCGAUCUGCGGCUCGCCUAUCACACCCUACCUUCUUGCACCAGCGCGGACCCUCAUUCUAGAGAAUAUACGUUUCGACUUGCAAACAAGGGCAGCGUGGCAAAAGCUACUUUUUCAAAGUCGUACGGCUGUGCAGGGAACAUCAUAGCUUCGUCGUAAUCAGCUGUCCAUCAGCUCGCCUCGAUGGGCCACCACUAAGCUACCCAAGCCUUGGCACCUACCAACCCCGCCUCCUGAUUCUUACACUCCCACACGAAAAUGCCUUUGGAGAAGGGGGCCACAUCCGGCCGGGCGGCCGAUUGCGAUCAGACACGAGAUCGCGGCUCAGGUGCAUUCUCGCUCGGUCUCGGCAUGGCCAACGCACUCAUAUCCCCUAGCGCCGAGGGCGAUAGCGAUAGCGACUCAGACGAUGACGAUUUUGCUCCCAGUCGCGCACGCGCGACCCGCGCCAAUUCCAACUCGCCGCUGUCGUCUUCAUACCAGCGGCAACCGCAGCAACAACAACAGCAGGUGUCAAUGUCAUCAUCACCGCUGUCUCCCAACUUUGGUGGCGGCGCUGGGCGGCCUGGUGGCCAGGGUACAGGGCAAGGAAAGGGACGCGAGAGCUGGAGCGCAGCCGCUGCCGCCGUCGGCGCCCGGCCACACGACCUGGCCAGCCAGAAUCCACCCAGCCUGAAGAUGCUCAACCUCAAAAGCGGAUCUCUAGGGCCCAACUCGGCGACUGGCGGCAGUGGCAGCGCACAAGUGCAAGUGAACCCUACCGUGCUGCGCAGACCCUCUGCCAGCGAGGUGCUCGCGCAGGUCCAAGCGCAGCAGGCCAGAGCGGCGGCCGCGCAGCAAGGCGGCAAGGGAAGCGCAAGCAACGCAGAUGCGCAGAAUACGGCGUUCCAGCCGAGCAACUCUGUGCCCGCCGUCCCGCCCUUGCCUUCGCCAUUCCGGCAGGCCGUCGAAGCGGGUGCAAGCGCAGGACUGACACAGGCGGCCGCUGCGAGCCACUCGCUCGGUGGGCGCGGCGGCGGAUGGCAGCUGCACGACCUACCGUCGCCGUCAUCGCGGUCCUUCCCCGCGGACGCACCUGGCCGCGCCAGCGGCCGGGGCGAUUUCGAGGCGUCACAACAUCCGCAGCAGCAGCAAAAGCCGAAGCGCCCAGUCAGCCCGCGGCGCUCGGCACUAGUCGACAACCUGGGGUUGCGGAGCCCAAAUCCCUUCACUGCCGCCGCCGCCGCAGCUGCAGAUACUUCACAGCAGCAGCAGCAGCAAGGACAGUCACGGGAGCUCCUUCCAACUUUUGACAAUGGCUCGGUGUUGAACAACGGCGGCAAAGGCAGCGGGAGCGGGAGCAUAGGCGCGCCAAUGCAGAAUCCGUUCAUCGCGCCGUCGGAACGUGCUGGCGGCGAUGGAUCUUCGGCGUAUCCGAAUGGCAAUGCCCCCCCUUAUUCAAUCACGACGGGUCAAUCACAACAACAACAACAGCAGAGCGGCGGUGGUCAACGUACAACUCCACCUGGACCGUUGCGCAACCCUUUACCCGCUUCCGCAAUGCCUGCGCCCACUUCCGUUGGCCGUGCCGGCUUCUCAGACAGCGGGAACCCAUACAAUUCGGGAUCUGGUGCACUGCUUCCUGCUUCUUCUGGCGGACAUGGCGCGCCGCCGAGCUUGCCACAGCCUACGCACCUUGGCCGCCAGCCAAGUCAGAAACGGCGGUCGAUCUUCCGCCGCAGCCUGGCUGCUGUUACCGCGUUCGGCGCUGGUGUCGGUGGCAGCGGAUACCAGAACCAGCAACAGGAACAGCAGAUGCAGCAGGGAAGGUACCCACCCCUAUCGCAACAACCUCAGCAGCCUGGCAUGGGCGCAGGCGUAGGCGUCGGUUUACGGGCGGCAGCCCCACCACCUGAUCGGCGCCGAUCUGCGUUCCGCAAGAGCAUGGCAUGGCUCAUCGGCCAGUCCGCUCCGCCGCGCCUGGCAGACGGGAUCGGCGACUCGCCGUCGUUGGCAGACGAGAAGCGCGAGGCAAUGCAGCGGAAGCAGGAGUACUACCUCGGCGUCGCUGGCGACGGCGAGGAGUGGGACGUGAACGGGUCCGGCGCCAAGUUCUGGCGGCGCUUCUCGGCGAUGCAGCGGCAUACGCAGGACAAGAGCGACCCCCUCACGCAGUCCAGCGAAGCGUUCCAGCGCAAGAUGGCUCGCGGCCGCAAGCGCAUGAAGAUCGGCAUCUCGCUCGCCGGCCUUGCGAUCAUAGCCGCCAUCAUCAGCGUCGUCAUCUGGCACAACCGAAACGAGAUGCCCAGCACGAGCAGCAACCCCAAGGUGUACCAGCAGAUCGACGGCAACACAAACACCGGCGUCAGUGCCGGCGCUACGAACGCCGCUGGCAGCGGCAGCGGGUCCGAGGCGCAGGUCGCAGACACCUCCAACGCGGAGGGCAGCACACCGGUUGCGACGACCUCGACGCGGCGGAAACACCACGGAGGCAACGGACACCGCCGUGCGCAUGCACUCGGAGUACGCGGCUUGGCCGGCGAGGAUGCUGACGAGGAUGAAGGUGAUAUGCCCAACACUUUGCUGUACGUGCAUAAUCCUGCCACUGCCUCAGUAAUAGGCAGGGUGGCGCAUGACGGACGCAUGGUCCGACGCGUCUCCAAGUCGCAUGGAGGGCUCGGCAGGCCCGCAUUAGCUGGGCAACCGACCAGCGCGCCGCGCCUGCUUCGAUGAGCCAACUUUUUGGCCAUCUGGCUCUUGCUCUUCCUUCGUCUUCGUCUGCCGUCACCCAUGCCCUCUCGGCUGGAUAGGCGUGUUUACAUGCGGUCCCGAUUGCGGUCUUCCCCCAUUUACGCUUCUGAUCUUUGUCGGUUUUCUGCGGACGCUUCCGAACAAGUUCAUGUUCGCUCGUCUUCACCUCAAAGUUCUCACCAAAGGUUCGGCCUCGGCAUCAAGGAUCUCGCGCUUCAACAACUUCGUU